AAACCAUUCGUUUCCGGACCCUCUCGGUCUUCCCCCUUCCACGCCAAAAUAAGAUUUAUAAUUAUAAAUUCCGUAUAAUUUCUUUUUUUUUGGUUUGAAUCUUGGAAUCGAUGGCGACUUCUGGAAAUAAUAUCAAAAGCGCUAAAUUGGUUCUUCUUGGAGAUGCGGGAACUGGGAAGUCUAGUUUGGUUUUGCGCUUCGUGAAAGGACAGUUUGUUGAAUUCCAGGAAUCAACAAUAGGUGCAGCGUUCUUCUCACAGACAUUGGCAGUGAAUGAUCAAACAGUGAAAUUUGAGAUCUGGGAUACUGCAGGACAGGAGAGAUAUCAUAGUUUGGCUCCCAUGUAUUACAGAGGAGCUGCAGCUGCUGUAAUUGUAUACGAUAUAACAAAUUGGGCUACGUUCAUGCGAGCAAGGAAAUGGGUUCAAGAACUUCAAGCCCAAGGUAGCCCAAGCACAAUAAUGGCUCUUGCUGGAAACAAAGCUGAUUUAUUAGAAGCUAGGCAGGUGUCUGCAGAGGAAGCCCAAACAUAUGCUCAGGAGAAUGGUCUUUUCUUCAUGGAAACUUCUGCUAAAACAGCAAGCAAUGUCAAUGACAUAUUCUAUCAAAUUGCAAAGAGAUUGCUCCAGUCUCACCCAGUACAGAACCCUCAAGGAAUGAUUCUCUCAGAUAGACCAGCUCAAAGAGUUGUCAGUACCACUUCUUGCUGCUCUUAGUGCUCAUCACCAACUCACUGGUCAAUUUGUCUAUUAAAUUUACUGAACGAAAAUGCCAUAGGUGAACAGCCACCAACUCCGCAACAACUAUUUUCUACUCAUGAUUCUCCCAUUUUUUCACUGUGAAUAGUAGAAUGGUCUGAAGUGAAAGAUUUGCUAUCUUGUCUUCUUAUUCUUCUUUUAAGAACUGCACUCCAGCCAAAGAUUCCAACAUGGCCUUCUAUUAAAGUUUUGAGAACUACUUUUAUGGGAAGAGUUCUUUGUAUUUCAAACUUCAUCUAUUGGUCAUCCUUUUGCAAGGGUUGAAGGAUCAGGCCUCCAAAACGUUUUGUUUAAAGAUAUUUGAAAGGGAACUCUCAGAAUAACAUGGUGCAAGUAUUUUGAGUGGACCAUAACAUGGUUUGCUGAAUUCAGAAGACCUCUCCAUGCCAUGUACUGACCAUCUCCUACCUCUUCUGAAUUUAGAGGGCAAUGAAUGUUUCAGGGCAUAGUUUCAUCUCCAUGCAUGUUCUCAGAAAGGAGUGCUCGAACUUGUGCAUUACUGUACGUCAAUCCUUUUAAGAGCAUAUUACAAAGGAAAAAAAAAGAAAAGAGAUGGUAUCAGCAUAUUGAAAGAGAUGCUUUUCUUUGCAAUAUGCUUUUAAGAGCAUAUCCAUGUCAUCAUUCGAACUCUACAUCUAAUUCAAUCAAGACUAUGCAUCCUCCGACUUUGAAAGAAAAAAAAGAAAAGAGAUGGUAUGAGCUUUACAGCUCAGUAAAAAUCUCUAUACAUCCACAUCAAUAUAAUAAUAUAAUUCAAAAAUAGCAAAUAAACAAUAUUGUAGUGGAAAUAUAAAUCAUGAAAUUUCUUGUCAGACAUUCAGUAUAACUUAAAUCGUUAUAUAUGCAUAUAACAUGCAUUGUGUAUCAUGACAAAUCCAUCAAAAAUAUUAUUAGUGAUUUCAUAUAUCUUAUCUUCCAUUAUUAUU